UGAAUGGGAAACUUUAUACGCUACUUUCGACGUCGAAAAUUGCCUAGCCAAGAAUUGGAUGAACUUGUUCAGCAAAUUAAAGAUUUGGAGGAGCAAGUGAAAAAUUUGUUGGAAUGUAAAAUCUGGUUCUACCAUUGCCUUCUUUUUGGUGCAUUUAUUUUAGUAAGUGGGAGCUGUGGCUAUUUUUGGCUUCAUUAUCCUAGUUUAAAAUGGAAAUUAUUCUCGUGUUCUUCGUCUAUUUUUCUUUGUGCUCUUUCAUUUUUGAUAUUGCGUUUUACUUCAAACACUAUUUUUGACUGGUUAAUUCAAAGAAAGCAAAGACGACUUCGCUUUUUCACUGAACGAAAAGUUGCAAUUAUUGAAGAUGUUAAAGAAAAUGAAAAAUUUAAAGUAGCGAAGGCAAUUAUUGAGAAAUACGGGUCACAAAACGAAGUCUCGCAAUGGUUAGGAUCUGCUACUUCCUCUUCACCUUCACAAACGACAACAAAACCUAUGACAGAAAAUAAAAACAAUUCUAAUUAUCAACAAGGAACAAAUCAAAAACAGAACAAUAAUAAUACACCGCAACCACUUCCAAAACUUUAUGAAAUUAGAGACCCAAGACAGACGGUUUUAAGGAAUGUUGGGACAUCACCAAAUCGCCGAGUGCCUAUUCGUCCAUUUGUUGAAGAAAGUCGUGGUAGUUUAGAUCGAAUUUUGGAUUUUGUUAUGGGAGAAAGCAUAAAUAAUAGGUAUGCCCUCAUCUGCUCAAAUUGUUAUACUCAUAAUGGAAUGGCCUUGAGAGAAGAAUUUAAAACAAUUUCUUAUUGCUGUUACAGGUAACAAUAAUCCCAGUACUUCAAAUAAAUCACCUCCAAUCGGUGCUCUCAACUUUACGGGUCAUACAGAUGAUAGUACAGAAAAUGAAGAAUUUGAGGAAGAAUUUGGACGAAAAUGUUCUUUGGCAAUUAAUGGAAAUGACGAAUCAGAACGUGAAGACAUGGUUACAGCGCGAG